AUGGUGCUCGCCCUCCAGGCUGUACCAGCAGGCUUUUCCGGGAGCUUCAGGAGGUCUCGAGCUUCUGGACGCAUCGAGCACCCCAAACCCUCACCUCUGCUGCCGAACCGGAGCAGCCCAGCUGCGCACGGAGAAAUUAGGCCAGAAUUUGAAUUGAGGGACUUAAACCAGACUUGGAGAAAAGCUUUGCCUGCACGAUUGAUUACAUGCUGGUUGCUUUUAAUAUUUAAAACCGACACAUGCAUAGGUGCGUCCAUGGACACUGGAAACUGUCCAUGGGGCUGUCAACUCCCCCGCAUCUACACAGCGAUCUGCAGCAGUGAGCUGGAGAAGGUUCAAGAGAAAGGAGACUCUGGCAUGACCACAGGAGAGAGGAGAUACAGUACUAAACUCAAUGAUUUUGUGGAAUCUAAGGGAUGCUUUUUCAACAUAAUGUCCUCUGGCAGAAGUGUCAGCCCCUCAUCUUCUAUUGAAACAGGUCUAAGCGUCAGUGGGCCUUUCAGCCCCGGCAGAGGGUUUGUUCACCCAGACCCUGCUGCAGAUUUGGAUCUGAAAUCCUCCUCCUCACAUUCUGAUCACUCCUCUGAAACCUCACCGCCUGAAGCCCGAAAGGAUAAAUAUCCCCAGGAAUUCAGCCUGCUUAAGUUGCAGACAAAAGAUGGGCAGCGUCCUGAGUGGACAUUUUACCCAAGGCUUAGCAGCAACAUCCACACCUACCAUGUUGGAAAGCAGUGUUUCUUUAACGGGGUCUUCCUCGGCAACAGGAGGUCUCUAUCAGAGAGGACGACGGACAAGUGCUUUCGGAGGAAGAAAUAUGUUAUUGACCCCAGGAAUGGAAUCCCAAUGGUAACUCCAGGAGAUAAUCCAUAUAUGCAUCCAGAACAGAGUAAAGGCUUCCACAAAGCAGGAUCAACUCUCCCACCAGGGAAUUUUUCAAUAAUGCCUUAUGAAAAGAAAUUUGAUACAUUUAUUCCACUUGAGCCUCUUCCACAAAUUCCCAACUUGCCUUUCUGGGUGAAGGAGAAGGCCAACGAGCUGAAGAAUGAGAUAAGAGAAGUUGAAGAGCUUGACAGUUGGCAGCCAGCGGUCCCCUUGCUACAGAGUUUGCUACCUGUUGGUGGGUCAAAGAACCUUCAAAAAGUAGCAUAA